AUUUGGUGAUAUCGUUGUUAAUCGUACAUCCCCAUUACUGGCAGUGCCUUAUACGACGAGGGUGUGUUUCGAUACGUUAGAUUUAGGUUGGGGAAUUCAAGCUAACAACAUUAGAAAGAAGCUCUCCGGAUCCCGCCAUGUUUGGCGCUGUUAAGCCCAUUUUGUUAUUGUUUGGAGUAUGUUUACUCCAGGAAAAAUCGCACGGACAGCAGCUUAACGCGCAAGAACACAGACGCAUCAAUGACUUCAUUACACGGGCGAUGGAAUGCCAUGGAUACACUGGCCUGCUUGUCAGUGUGGUGCGAGGGGGAGAGGCUGUUUUUACAGAAGGAUUUGGUGACGCCAUUAAAGAUGACGACAACCCUAGCAACAAUGUAAAAGUCACUGCGGAUACCAUUUUCCCAAUUGCCUCGGUUUCAAAACACAUGACUUCUUCGAUCAUUGGAAAAGUGUUGCAAAAUACGAGCUACACCUGGAGUACACCUUUCCGAAAAAUGAUGAGUGAACUUCCGACUCCCGAGGACAUCUACUUCAGCGACUUCUGGCGGACGAAUAAAACUAGCCUCACAGACUUAUUAGCUCACAGAAUGGGAACUUCGGGUCAAGAUGUAUUAUUAGCAAUGGAUCAGUGGACAAAGCCUGAACUCAUGCAACGACUUCGUUUUCUCCGACCCAAUGCUGAGUUUAGAAACUCCUACUUGUACAAUAACAUCAUGUACGCCGUGGCUAGCUAUGUAGCGGAAAGGCACGCUGGUAAAGAAUGGGAUGAACUUUUGAGGGAUGAAUUCUUCGAACCGUUAGGCAUGCGCAACACAUCUACUAUCAGGCUUGGUCUUGAUAGUAAUUACUCCGGAUGGGCACAACCUCAUGUCAAUGUAUUAUUCGAUAGGAACGACACUAUUGGACCACUUCCAAUGGAAUUAAUUAGAGGUGUAGCCAAUGCAGCGGCAGGAGCAGGUGGUGUAGCAACUACAGCUAAGGAUAUGGCAAAAUGGAUGAAUUUUCAAUUGGACUUUGAAAAUGACCGCUACAAGAGUAUUCUUGAUCCCAUAUUGACUCAUCAGAUACGACGGGGAAUCUGGGUGAGGACAACGGGAUUCAGUGAGAGUCGAGUACCUCCUAUGUCCAACUUCAGCAGGGGCUCGUUGUCAUACGGACUCGGCAUUGGUAAUGAUUUCUGGCGAGGGCAUCCGAUGUUGACACACGGUGGUAGUCUAGUGAUUUACACCUCCACUUACGCCAUCUUGCCUUAUAUGAACAUAGGCGUCUUCAUCGCUUCAAACCAACCCGCUCUCUUUUUACCAGAGAUAAGAAUGUUCAUAAUGGACUUGCUAUUAGGCGUUAGUGACCCAUAUAUGGACAUCGAUAAAUUCUGCAAACUUCCAGAUUCAGUAGUACAUGUAAUACCCACGGUGGUUGAAGGACAAAAUGAAGAUUUCGGACUUCGUUAUGGUAUAGAGACAAUGCUAAAACAAGUAGGGAUCAACAAAUUGAAAAGGCUUCGCUCAAAACUUGCAAACAAAGAUCUUCGAGGACUGAAGUCCAAUGAAAAUGCUUAUGCAAUAGCAAAGGCAAUCCAAGCAAUUCCAGAUGCAGAUGAUCGAAACCAAAAAAGAAGUGAUGAAGACUUUCGGAAAUACACCGGGACUUAUGGCAACUUUGCAUACGGCAACUGCACCGUCAAGCUUUACCCAAAAAACGACACUGGCAUAAUCGAUGGUCUUUUUGACGGCGACCUGAUGUUGACGUACGGAUGGCUAGAAUUGACUUUAAAACGAAUCGAUCCAUCUAACCCUGAUGUGUUCGAACUGAGUGUUUUGGAAGAAUACAUUCCGACCACUGAUAAUGUAACGUUUUGGAGAUCGACGACAAAUGGGAGUAUAGAUCGGAUGGAGCUGUCUCUUGACCCAGCUGAUGGACCUUACCCUUGGGUUCGAGACUUGAAAUUCAGUGACGCUCCUCCUCCAUUGGCGCACGAAUGUCCAACACCCCCUCCCCCACCAGCGUGUCCCACUCGGCCAAGUUCUGCCUCAGGUGCUGUAGCAAACAUCGCAAUGACAAUCAUCGUAUUAAUAGUAUGGAACAUGACUUAAUGAGCGUCAUUUGUAACAAAUAUUCGUUCGUGUGCUACGAAAUGUGCUGGUCGCAAUUAGAACAUUGAUGGAGAGAACAAUUUCGAUAUGGACUGGUCUGUUGGUGAACUGUGUUUUAAUGACUAAUGAUUCGCAAGAUAUAGACCUUACUAUUUUAGUUCUAAGACAAUCUUGUGAUGAUCGUCUGAAUGUAUACAAUUCCAUGUAAAUUUUUGUAUCAGCAGACAAAAUGCGCUAAUUUCUCUAUACCCAAUCAUCCAAUGUAUAUUAAUGUAUACUAUACUGUUUGGUUUUGCUAUGACCUUUAGAUGAAUAGAGAGGCCCUUCGUAUGCUUAUGACCUUUUCAAACAUUGAGAGUGAAACAAAAAUGUAAUUUUCUGUUGAUUUUGUUUGGCUAUGAUUCGAGUCAUAUAAACCAUAUUACUCGUGGAUACAAUGAUUUUCCAGGUAAACACAGUUAUCGUUAUUCUGAAUUCAUACUAAUAUCCCACAUACAAAAACGAUAUUCUAUAUCAAGGUACUGUACGAAAGCAUAUGUAUGGUUUGCACGCAUGUGUUGAACAACUAG